CAAGCCGUAUUCAACGCUCGAGGCUCGAGCAUCGAGCCAUCGAGCUCCGAAUCCUGAAUCCAUCCAGAUCCACCCUUCCAUCCACGAAGUGCAAGCAUGCCGUAUUUUUUUACCUUGCCUUGAACCUUUGAACGUUUAGUCGACAAACUCCUCAAACGAGAUCGGAAACUAUCUCUGACAUUGCUUGUAAGACUGGUAAUAUGGUUUAUCCGCGGUUCUAGAAGCGCGGACAAUGUCGCUGUUCCCCGCAUACGCUGCGAAUACAGUAACAUGCGAACAGAAAGCGACGGCCUCCUUCCCUGCGUACGGAGGGGAGACUUCGCACGAUGCACCAUCGGUUCAGAAUAAAACUGACGAUGGUGAAGACCAGCCAGAUUGGCUCAGAAACUCUAGUUAUGACCCUAGCGUAGCACAGACUGAAAGGCGUCAAGGUUCCGUCGAAGUAAAGGUAUCACCUCCAGAACAUGAGCGAGCUAUACAAGAAAGCUUGGAAGUGGCGUCGGAAAGGAAAACGGACGCUGCUGUCAUCAACAUAUCUCCUCCUAGAGCUUCCAAGAAGAAAAAGCUUAAGAAAGAACAUAAGAACAAAAAACGAAAAACAAGAGAAGACGUGCCUCGUCCACUUUACAGGAAGUUCCGUUUCUUGACUGGAUUCAGCGGAGAAGAGCGUUACUUCGUGGACCCACGACCAGACCAAAGCCAACUUGCAUUUGACACCCUACCGCACACACUGCGAGCUGUUCAUCAUCGUGGAUGGCGCUGUGACGACAUGCCAGAACUGCGUCGUCGUACAGGGUUGAAAACGCUUCGCUACUGGCACCGCAAGGCUCGCCAGUCUAAAUGUGUCGCAAGUGCUGCAAGGCCAAGGAUGAGCGCUUCCUCCACCAGACGAGGUCCUGACUACAUUCCUGUCCAGUCCUCGUGUGCCGUAGAUGAGUGUAGCACAGCUGUCGACCCCUUGGGGAUUCACGACAAGGUCACUGUGGAUUACCUGCAAGGGAUAGGAGGGUGCAGCAACAAUGACUCUGCGGCAGAUGCAGUAGAUGCAAGUUUGCCACUUAGUGCACUCCUUCUGUGCCCUGAAGCAUCACAGAAGCAGAAGGAGCUCAAGGAAAGGUUGGAAGUAAACCCUGCUAGUGAGAAGGCUUGGCUAGACUUGGUGGCAUUUCAGGAUGAGUAUGUUUCUGCAAUGGAGGAAGCCUCAGGAAUCGCAAGAACCCAUGGGCGCGCUCGUGCAAUUCGAGAGAAGAAACUGGCUGUACUGGAGCAAGCUCUUUUGCGCACCCAUGGUUCUGUUUCCCUACAUUUACAAAAAAUUCAAGUCUUGCUAGAAUGCGGAGAAGAAGCUCAAGCGCACCUCGCGUGGAACGAGCUCUUACGAGUUCAUCCGGGAAAUUCACGUCUGUGGCUGGAGCAUGCCCGUUUCCUUCAGGCAGAAACAACAUUGUCAGGCUUCGAGUUUUCUGCAGCAUCGAAGGCUUACAUUCGAGCCAUUUCAUCCUUCAGGGACAUGCUGGAGGGGAAGCGUGGAACACAGAGAUCCCCUCGUGAAGUUGAAAGUCGGCUUAUUGAAGUGCUGUUUGAGUACUGCAUGUUCCUCUGCCAGUGUGGCCUCUGGGAGCGUGCUGUAGGGACCUAUCAAGCACUGCUAGAACUAAACCUACGUGCACCAUCGCAGCUCGAAUCUCACUUACCCUUUGACCAAUGGCUUGCACUCCUGGAGCCAUUCUGGGACAGCGGAGCUCCUCGCCUUGGAGAAGAAGGUUCGAAAGGAUGGGCUUAUGCGUUACAAGCAAAGGAAGAACUGUUACAUCGACCUGCAGAGGGCCAGGCAAAGCUUGAAGAACGCAUGCAAAACGAAGAAGACGACAUCAUAAAUGCGCGUCGCAGCCUGUGCGAAACGUGGCUCCAGAUAGAGUCGUUGCGCGAUCUCUGUCACUGGCUCCCGUUUAGACCAGACCUGAGCGGCACAUCAGAGGAAGUCACGUGCGAAGAUCCGGACAGAAUGGUGCUUUUCGAAGACAUCAGCCAAGCUUUGUUUCGACUGCGCAGUAUGGAGUCCAAGUUCUCGUUGCUGCGCUCCUUCAUUGACCUCCUCCUCGGACCCAAAUCAAAUGUCUCGGGGUCGGGCCUCAUUCAGGCAAACUGCUUUGAGCGCCUUCCGGGAACUGACCCCAAGUCCGCUCAGCAGCUCUCCGAUACCCUAGCGUUUCCUGCGGGCUGGGAAGUGCGACGUGGGGUACUGGACUUUGCAGAAGAGGUGCUCAGGCAGUGUAGCGGGCUCUUUGACUCUGAACAGCUGAAGUGGGGUGUGGGGGCGCUUCGAAUACGGCUCGCGCAGCAAGCGACAGAGUGGGGUACUAAGCGGAGGAAAAAAGUGGCCAAGUCCGUUCUGUCGGAACACGAACGAAAUCUGGACCUGUGGACGCAGUAUGGACUCCUGCUUGCCGAUCUUGGUGUUCCUGAAGAAGCUGUGUCUGUUUUGGAAAAGACACUUGACAUGAUUUCAAUGCCAGGUGUUUUAUCCCUGUGUCAAGGGGACGUUUGGCUCCUGGUAGCAACGUACCUGGACCUCCUCCUGGGAGUGCACGACUGGUGGGACAGCUCAGUCAAUCUCACAUUCACUGAGCGUUCCAAAGAGAAAGCCAUGAGAACUCUUUCGUGGAUUGAGUCAAACAAGCGCUUUGCUACUGUGAUCUUAGACAACUUGAGUCCUCCGCUUUUACUCAGAGCAGCCACAGUGUGUGAGGGAAUGGCAACAGAUGUGCAGCGAACUCAUGGACAGCUACGGGUGUCACUGUGGAUGGCGUACAUUGUAUCAGGGUUUGAAGCAGCAGCAGCACUCGUAAAUGGAUGGGUGAAGGAAGCACAGUCAAAGGUAGAAGGGCUCAGAUGUAGCCUCGAGGAGGUACACAACGCAUAUCUGAAGGUGUGCACCUUCCAUGUGCGUUGGGGCGGCUGCCCUUCUGUUCGCCCCCUGGUGUCUGAGUUGCACCGUGCUGUUGCGGACGUUCCUCACAGCGCUCGGCUACUUUGGCUCUUGGUCUCUCGUGAGAAAGGUGCACUUGGUGCACUGCAUACCAGGAGGCUCCUUGAAGAGCUGGAACAUGAGCACAAUUCCCCUGUUGCUUGGAUAGUUGGGAUCUGCUUUGAGCUGGAGCGCUUUCGACUGCUGAGCGACUGCCUCGUGCCAGAAGCUGGAUUCACACUGCCCCAGUGUGGCAACCAUGUUCGCAGAGUGUUUGAGCGUGCCCUGGAGUCUGUUUCACAUCGACGUUGCCCUCUUUUAUGGAGACUCUACAUUGAAAUGGAGGUGAGGUAUGGGACUCGAGACUCAGCAAAAGCUAUAUUUUACCGUGCCUUGCAGAGCUGCCCCUGGGCUAAGGUGUUGUACAUAGAUGGUGUUCGCAACUUUCCGGAGUGCCUUCAGGAGGUUGCUGACAUGUUGCUCGAAAAAGGCCUCAGACUGCGAGCUCCUAUUGAAGAGGUGCAGUUGCUGUUAGAUCAUACCAGUAAGGAUGACUCACAGGACCAGCAAGAGGAUAGCUCUCCUGCCAAAGAGGACUCUAGUGUCAUUGAUGGUACAUGAAUUAAAGUGUUACAUUAUCAA